GCGUUGUUCAGUCGCUCUUUUGCUACCCUUCAUUGAAGCAGUGACGGCCCAAGCGGACAACCCCUUGAGCUUUGUCAGUGCUUCCACUUUGUGGUCAGGGGGCUCUUCACCAAUUGUGAACACAACUUACGCAAGCUUCCAAGGUAAAGAAGACGAUCGCACCAAGACGUCGAACUAUAUUGGCAUCAGAUAUGCCACUGCACGUCGAUUCGACCACGCCGAGCUCUUCAACACGACGCUCGAAGGAGUCCAGGAUGUGAGCGAGUAUGGUCAGUCGUGCCCACAGCAUAUGGUGAUCCCUUCCGCCCUGGCACCAGAUAUUGGGCUCGCCGGAGAGGUGGUCAGCUUACUGCAGGCAUUACCUCUCACACAGGCUGUUCUGCAGCAAUCGGAAGACUGCCUAUUCAUCAACAUUGCGCGACCUCAGGAUCAGACUCUGCGAGACCUCCCAGUUGUCCUUUGGAUUCAUGGCGGUGGCUUCGAAACGGGAUCGGGUGCUUCAUUGCUCGGAGAAGCCGCCGUGCCGGGGGUAUUCUAUCAAGGCAAUCGACUUGUGCAGGAGAGUAUUGAGAUGGGUCAGCCGAUCAUUUUCACUUCAAUCAAUUACCGUCUCGCACACUUUGGCUUUUCCGCCUCGCAAGAGAUGGCCGAUGAGGGACUCCUCAAUCUUGGCAUCGAGGAUCAGAGAGUUGCGAUGCGCUGGAUUCAGCAAAACAUCCGCGCGUUUGGGGGAGAUCCUACGAAAGUGACCAUUAUGGGGGAAAGUGCAGGCAGCUGGUCUGUCUCUACACAUCUGGUGGCCAACAAUGGAGAUCACGAAGGUCUCUUCCGCGGUGCAGUUGGAAUAUCCGGCGGUCCCUUAAAAGUCGAUCCGCCAUCGCGACAGCAGCCAAUGUUUGACGACAUGGCACAGUACGUCGGAUGUGGCGAUGCUGCCGACAAGAUUGCCUGCCUUCGAGAGGCGCCGUACGAGCUCUUGUACGCUCACAUGAACACCGUGAAUAACUUCCUACUCGGCUUCCGAAGCCUUGCAUCCGCCUGGACGGUUCGGCCGGACGGCCAUUUCAUCGCUGACAGUCCCGACCAGCUUGUGGCAGCGGGGAAGAUCGCCAAUGUGCCCAUCAUGUACGGCGACAUGCGGGACGAAGGCACACUGUUUUCGCUCACAAAUCAGCUCAACAUCACGACAACCGAGCUGGUCAAGGACUACUUCAAGACGUAUUGGUGGCCUAAUAUGACCGAGGCACAACUGGAUCGUCUGAUGGAAGAGUACCCCGAAGAUCCCACCCAAGGAUCCCCUUUUGGCACGGGCCUGCUCUACGCGAUUCCGUCACAGUACAAGCGUCUCGCUGCCAUCAAUGGCGAUUACAGCUUCGAGUCGCAACGCCGACAAUUGCUCGCAAAGCACACGGCACCCAAAUGGAACUAUCAAGUUGAGGCUUCUCUUCCACUGUCUGAUCUGGGAAGCACGGUACUGGGUGAUCUGGUCGGAGGAGGAGGUCUCGGAUUAACAGACAUUCCCGUCCUGGGAUCCUUUCACGCGUUUGAUGUCUUUUUCAAUUGGUUCGGGACCCUCCCUCCCGAGCUGAGUCUGAACAGUCGCCACAUGAUGGGAGUGUUGGUGUCCUUCAUCCACAACCUCGAUCCCAAUCAACACGGCCAGGAAGACCUACCGGAAUGGCCGCAAUGGGACGCCGAGCAUCUGGCGACGAUCCGAUUCUCGGAGACGGAAGUGGAUAUCAUCAGGGACGAUUAUCGUAAUGCGUCUAUUGCGUUCUUGAACGAGAUGAGAGACUCGAUGCGUCUGUAG